UUCUCUCUCUCUCUCUCUCUCUCUCUUCCCCCCCCCUCCCCUCACAUCGGCGAUGGAGUCUUCGUCCUCGACGCGAUGGUCUGCUCUGCUCUUCUUCGCUGAUCGGUGAACGAUUUUCUGUUUUUCGAGUUCAGUGCAGAUUGUCUUUUGUGGAUUUUCUCUCUCUUCACUCAUUCAGUCUGGGCAAAUUUCUAGAUUGAUUCCCGGUUAACCAAAGGUGAUACGAUCCGACACUCCGUUGCCUUCUUCUUCCCCCAAGAGUACAAAGUUAACUAAAGAUAUGCCUAACCUGACAGGAACACCGAAGAUAGAAAUAUCUUUCUCAAGUUUGCUGGAACUUGCUGCAGACAAUGACAUUGAGGGAUUCAAGCAAUCUAUUUUGUGUAUUGCAUCUUCAAUCAAUGAGAUGGGACUCUGGUAUUGUCGGCAAAGAGCAUCAAAACAGAUGGUACUUGAGUAUCGGACACCGUUAAUGGUUGCUGCUAUGUAUGGCAGUGUUGAUGUUGUAAAACUAAUACUCUCUUUAUCCGAGGCGGAUGUAAAUCUUUCUUGCGGCCCGGAUAAGAGCACUGCCCUUCACUGUGCUGCAUCUAGUGGAUCUGUCAAUGCUAUUGAUGUUGUCAAGCUGUUAUUAUUUGCUGGUGCAGAUUGCAAUUCAAUUGAUGCCAAUGGUCAUCGCCCUAUUGAUGUUAUUGUUGCUCCUCUGAAGUUUCCAUACUUGAAAGAUGCCCUUGAAGAGCUCCUCAGGAAUGAUGAUUAUGUUCAUCUACCGGACAUGAAGGUCUCCUUAAGUGGUGAGAAAUCUAAUUCAUCAACCCCCUCAUCAUCCCCAGAAUAUGAUCCCUUGUCUUCUGUCGAGGAUUCAACAUCAUCACUAAAACUUUUUUCGCUCAGUGAUAUGCAUGCAUCUCCUGCACCAGAGAAGAAAGAAUAUCCAGUUGAUCCUUCUCUUCCAGACAUCAAGAACAGUGUCUAUUCUACUGAUGAAUUUCGAAUGUUCUCGUUUAAGAUCCGGCCUUGUUCUCGAGCCUAUUCUCAUGAUUGGACUGAGUGCCCUUUUGUUCAUCCGGGUGAGAAUGCCCGAAGAAGAGAUCCAAGAAAGUUUCAUUACAGUUGUGUGCCUUGUCCAGAUUUUCGUAAGGGGCAAUGCAGACGUGGGGACUUGUGUGAGUAUGCUCAUGGGGUUUUUGAGUGCUGGCUGCACCCAGCACAGUAUAGGACCCGCCUCUGCAAAGAUGGCACAAGUUGCGCUCGUCGGGUCUGCUUCUUUGCUCACACAUCUGAGGAACUCCGGCCGCUAUACAUGUCUACAGGGUCGGCUGUUCCAUCCCCCCGAUCGUCCACUUCUGCUGCUACUGUCAUGGAUAUGGCUGUGGCAUUGAGCCUUUUGCCUGGUUCUCCCUCAGCACCCAUAUCUCCUUCUGGAAAUGCUAUUUCGCACCCGUCUGUUGCUUGGCCACAGCCAAACAUCCCUACUUUACAUCUUCCUGGAAGCAAUCUCCAGACAAGUCGUCUGAGAUCAUCUUUUAAUGCCAGGGACAUUCCCACCGAGGAGCUCAAUAUGCUGCUAGAUUUUGAAGUUCAGCAACAGCAGCUCCUAAAUGACAUGUCGUGCUUCUCGCCGACACAUCUUAGAAAGUUUCCCAUUCGGUCAAAAACCCUGACCCCUUCAAACCUGGAUGAGCUUUUCUCCACAGAGGUCUCAUCUCCUCGAUUUUCCGAUCAGGUUGCACCUCCAGCAGUUUUCUCUCCAUCGCAUAAAGCUGUGGUUCGAAAUCAGUUCCAGCAACAACAGAACGUUUUAUCUCCAAACAACACAAAUCUGUACUCUCCGAAGAACGUUGAUCACCCAUUUUUGCAGGCAUCAUCAUAUCAUGUUUCAUCUCCGGGGAGGAUGUCACCUCGAGGCAUUGAUAUGCAAUCUCCAUUUAGCCCUAGACUAUCUGCUCUUGGAUCCAAAGGUGCAGGGAUUGUUGGUUCUCCUGUGAAUUCUUUGUCGAAUUGGGAUUCCCCAAAUGGGAAAGUAGAUUGGUCUGUUAAUGGAGAUGAGCUGGCUGGAGUUCGCAGAUCAUUUUCAGUUGGACGUAAUGGGGAGGAGCCUGAUCUGUCGUGGGUUCAGUCGCUGGUGAAAGAAUCACCACCGGAGAUCAAAGAAACUUCAAAUUUACCAGUCUCAGGUGCUACAUCGUCGGUUGAGGGUUCCGAUUUGAACUCAAAUGAAAAACUUGAUCAUGCAGUUUUGGGAGCAUGGCUAGAGCAGAUGCAACUUGAUCAAAUUGUUGCUUAGUAAGUGUGAAAUUAUAUUGACCGAGCAAGUUCAAGAGAAAAAGGAAAAUUUACAUUAGGAUUAAGAGCAAGGGCAAAGUUAAGAGCAAGGGAAAUUCAUUUUUAUCUAUUAAUUAUAUUAUAUUAUUUCGAGAGUCAGGAAGGUACAAGGAGGCCUAUCUGGGUCAUUUACAAACAUCCAACUCAGUUUAGGUGCUUUUUAUUUUCCAGAUUUUGAAAUUUAGAUUACAUUUUUUUUUUCUAACCCCCAGUUCUUUGGUUCUUAAAAUAGCUAAUAGCUUAUAUGUUUCAUUGAUAUGAAACUAGGAGCUCUAGGUUUCAUUUUAACUCAUAUAAUUAUUAUAAUCUCAUAUAAAUUUCCUAUUUGGGGGUUAUAUUAGUUUAACCUUUUUUUUUUUUGGGGUUGGGGGGGGUGGGGUUGGAGUUUGCACUGCUGGUUCUUUUGACUAGGUCUCUGUUUAAGCAAGAAAAAUGAGGAUGAUGAUGUGUACCAUUUGUGAAUGAAUUAUUGUUGGAGGCAGAAAGUGAGGUUGUGGGGCAUUUGGUUCCUUGAUGAUGUAACAUUGAAUUAAAGUUUUUAUCGUUAUGAAUAUUUCAAAAUUUCAUAUA